AAGGGACGCAACUUGCAAAACCUGUCAAAAUAUUGUUUUAUGUUCUUCGUUGUCUGUCUGCUAAUUACGACUUACAGCAAUGUUCAUCAGAUAACUGAAGGAGUGGUGCUUUUUUGACACUAUGUAGAGGACUGUUGGACAUCAAUUCAUUACACAGAAUUGUUUUUAAACCAAGAUGGAAAGAAAUGUUGGUGCCCGUCUUCAGUCAAUGUUCCAGCAGCUGGAAAAGCUGGGAGGAAAGGCAGCCAAAAACCAGUCAGGCGAAGAUCUCCAGCAGAUGAGAUACGUUACAUGCAAAAUCUUCCAAAUCAUUGCCACUCAGGAAAAGAUUCACAGGGAUUCUGUAUUGAAGAACCAAGCCCAGCUUGACCUGCUUUUACAGACACUGAAGAAUGCAUCGGACAGAGCUGUGUUGGUGAACAUCAUCAACAUCUGCAGUGAACUGCUUGGGAAAACACAGGUUGGUAAGAAGGCGAGUGCAUUUGUGAGCGUGAAUGCGACCAACAUUGUGUUCCAGACCCUGGUACAGGAGGCUGAAGACAACUCGCCCUCGGAGGAAUUCAUGUUCACAUGUCAUCAGGUGCUUGCUAGAAUUGGACAGAAAGACCGGAAGUUUGCAUUGAAGGCCAGAUUGAACCGAGCCCUGCUGGUGACCUUGACAUUGAUCAAGAACAACCUGACCAACUUCCGUAACCUCCAGGUUCUACUGCCGGUCUUCAAGCUCUAUACCAACAACAGUGUGAACUCAUCUUAUCUGGGAAAACACAACACAAUUCCACCCAUUUGCAAGGUGGUCCUGCAGUGUAACAGGAAGCAUGCCUCCGUCCUGAAAUAUGGUCUAGACAUUCUCAACAACCUCACCAAGUCACGCAACAACGCUGCCCGAACUAUAGGAGGCGAGUAUGUGCCCCAUAUUCUUAUCCUGUACAACGACUGGCAUCACGCUGACACCAAACAUCGACAUGUGUCUAUCAGGAAAGGGCUGCUCAACAUCCUCAAGAACAUCACAAACCUACGCUCUGGUCGUAGGACCCUUGUUGAUGCAGGUGGUAUCCGUAUACUCUAUGAGAGUGCCCAGGAUGUAAUCGAGUGUCGUGAAAUGGAAAACCUCAUUCUCCUUGCCAGUGUCAUCAUGCGUAAAUGCUGCCCUCGAAACAAACUGCCUGUGUCACGGUUCAACAGUGUGGUCACCUUUGAAAGACCGGAGUCUGAACUAUAUCCAGUGGAAGGGGCUGAAUUAGCUUCAGAGCCCAAUAGCAGCCAGUCUAUGCUGGAUGGUGGUGAUAGUGACAACAGCUCCUUGGAAGAUGAUGAUGACAUUGACAGCGAUGAUGAACGUUUCAAAAAUGAGGUGGAUGAGAAUGAGGAUGAAGGAGGGGACACAACUCCUGAGGCCCACAAACGCUCCCCGGAGGAUCUCGCCAUGUAUAACCACCUGUUCCCUGAGUUGUUCGAGAUUGAAUUCCAGGAAGAAUCAAAUAGCGACUCCAUUGUCAUCCCCACUGGGUCACAGGAAAGCGGGCUUGAAAGGGGUGGCCGCAGGAGUAGCGAAAAACUGGCCACGAGAGCUGGCGUCAUUUACCCGCUCAACCCUGACAGUCUGCGCAAGUCUAGCUCUAGUCAUACUAUCUACCGGAUGCAAACUUGUGUCAGUGACUUUAAUGAUAUGUCCGGUUACUCCAGUGGUCGGACUGGUACUACUGGGGGUGGGGUAGAUGUAGAGUACUUGGACAGUUAUGGUCGCUCCGAGUCUACUAUCAACAUGAAAACUGGUGCUAACGUAAUUUCCCUGGACUUUCCCACAUCAAACACUCCGUCUAACAAAUUGUCUGGUUCUAAAAAAGCUGCAGCUCAAAAAUCAAAGAAAUCCAAGGGCUCUAAAAAACCUGGCAAAGAUAAAAAGCUAAAGAAAUCUGUUACGAAAGACAGUUCUGAUAACAUAGCAAGUUUUACAAACUCUCUGUGUAUAACUCCGAUACCAAAUAUCGUAGAUCCUGACGAGGAAAUAGAACAGAAUCUUGUGUAUGAGGAUGAUGAUGAUGUGUUCGAUAUGCAACAUGAUCCUCUGAUGUACCAGGAGGUGGCCCGGCUUACCAAGAGUGUUUACAGGUUUGAAAAGAUUGCGUACCCUGACCUGUGUGGGAGUAUCUCGCCGUACGGUUUUGAGCCUCUCUACCACAGGAAGUUUGGAGUGCAAAGGUCCAAGGUAUUUGAAGACAUUGAUCGAAUGAUCCACCCAGAGCUUAUCAUAGAUCGAGACGUAUAUGACCUUGACCUUAUCAAGGCGAAGGCCGGGGUCAACUUUAUACCAGAUAACUCUGCAGUCUCGAACAGAGAUGAAUUCAGGGUUGGUUCUGCAGGGAGGUAUGAGCCAGGACCGGAGACACUCAGGUUCAACUCCCAGUUUGAGUGCGGAAAUCUGAGAAAAGCCAUCUGUGUGCGAGACUUUGAGUAUGACCUAAUCCUGAAUCCCGACGUUAACAUCAACCAUCACCAUCAGUGGUUCUACUUUGAGGUCUCCAACAUGAUAUCUGGCUGUCCAUAUAGGUUCAACAUCGUCAACUGCGAGAAACUCAACUCACAGUUCAACUUUGGCAUGCAGCCCAUCCUGUUUUCCGUAAUGGAGGCCAUGGAAGGGAAACCGUUCUGGGUCAGAACAGGAACUGACAUCUGUUACUACAGAAACCACUUUACACGCAGCGCCACGGUUACGGGAGGAGUGAAGGGCAAAACGUACUACACAACGACAUUCACGGUGACGUUCAAACACAGCAGGGACGUCUGCUACAUGGCGUAUCACUACCCAUAUACAUUCUCAACACUUCAGACGCACCUGACCCUGUGGGAUCAGACGGUGGACCGGGAUGCGGUGUUUUUCCGACGACAGACACUCUGUGAAACAUUGGCAGGAAAUCCCGUCCCUGUAGUAACAAUUACUGCUCAGCCACGCACAGACAGCAGAGAGGACAUAGAGGAGUUCAAGAGCAGGCCAUACAUUUUCCUGUCAGGGAGAGUUCAUCCAGGGGAGUCAAAUGCCAGCUGGGUCAUGAAAGGUACAAUAGACUACCUGUUGAGCAAGCGCCCAGUGUCUGUCAAGCUUCGGAACAUGUACAUCUUCAAGAUUGUACCCAUGUUAAAUCCUGACGGGGUCAUCAAUGGAAACCACCGAUGUUCACUGGCAGGUGAAGAUCUAAACCGUCGCUGGGAUAACCCUUGUCCAAGGUUACACCCAACCAUAUUUCACUGCAAAGGCCUGCUACAGUACCUACAAAUGAUCAACAAAGCACCAUUGGUAUACUGCGACUACCAUGGCCACUCUCGCCGGAAGAACAUUUUCAUAUAUGGCUGCAGUGCGGCGAUGUCUUGGAUCGUUAAUGAUACUAACAACCCUGGGUCCACAGGCAACAAGAUGGAAGAUAAUGGAUUUAGGACAUUGCCGCGGGUGCUGGACUGUAUAGCUCCCCAGUUUUCACUAGCCAACUGCAGUUUUGUCGUGGAGAAAACAAAGGAAACAACAGCUCGCAUGGUUGUGUGGCGCCAGAUCGGGGUCAACAGGUCGUACACAAUGGAGAGCACUUACUGUGGCAUGGAUCGAGAGGGAAAGUUCAAGGAUCAACAUAUUUCCACCCACAUACUGGAAGAGAUGGGUCACAGGUUCUGUGAGGGUCUUCUAAGGCUGGGCCGGGGCAGGGGUAACCUGUAUGAGACAAACCUCACCAUGCCCUGUGAGACCAGCCUAGAACAGCUUGGGGCGUAUGGAAACCUGCAGGGAGAGUAUCUAGAGGAGGAUAACAGUGAUGAAGCAGCUGAUUUGAGAGAGGCUAGGGGUGAGAAGGGCUUCAGUGAUGAUGUCCUCGCAGAUGACGAGUCUUCAUCGUAUAUAGAGUCAGGCGAUGAAGACGAUGUUGAUGAGUUGUGACAACCAAGGAGGGGACAGGAGGACGCUCCACAAGACAACAGUGUAGGAAAAUCUGAUAGUGUAGGAAAAUCUGAUAGUGUCAGAAAAUCGAGGAAAACUGGGGUGAAAAGGGGUAGAAAACGUGCAGUAAAGAGAAAUUUAGAUGAUGGAAUUGAUGCUGAUAAUAUUGUUGAUGGUAAUGGUAUUGAUAACUUAGCUAAAGGAGAAGAUAAAAAUCUGGAAAGUUCUGAAACUGGUGGUAGUGGCUCAAUUGUUAAGGACUCUGUGCAUGAAGAAGCAGUAGAUGCUGAAUCUGAAGCAUUAGAAGAGCAAGGUGAAGAGCCAGACAAUGAUGAUCAGAAACCAUGUACAGAAAAUGAUGAAGUGAAAGACGAUGCAAAUGAUACUGCUAGGAAAACAAGUGAUGACGUUGUAGAAACUUCUGAAACCGGUAAAUACAACACAAAUACUGCUGAGACCAGUGAUAUGGAAACAAAACCAUUGAAUGACCAAAUUGCUGCUAUUGCAGCGAGGAUUGCAUUGUCAGUGGAGACAGAGCCUUUGUCCCCUCAAGACUGGAAAUUGCCAAAGGGGAAGACAGCGGAUCCUUCGACAGUUUGUGUUCUACUUUAGAGUCAUCUGGUUGAUCAUUGUGUGUUUAUUCUCAUUGGUUUGGGUGAUUGAUGUGUUGUGAUUAGGUGAUUAUGUUUUUUAUUCUUUGGAGAAAAAGCGGAAAGUUUUUAAAAGGGGCCUUUUAGAUGGCAUAUGUCGGUGUUUGUAGUAAUGAUUUCGGACAUGUUUUCGCGUAAAGCCAUAAAGACAGUUUGUUUUUAUUGUUAAAUACACCUUUACAGUUAUUUUUUUAACAAACAAUUAAAACACCAGGGAAUUACACCAAAAUCUAUCUCCUUUUAGAGAGGCAGGGCAAUAACUAUCUCCCUGGGAAAAGGUCUUUGUUAUUGUACAUACACAUUUUAGCUGCAAAUUGGUGAACAUGUACAUGUUUCUUUGCAUUUGGAAUGAAAUCUGUAGCUUACUGUGCACAUAGCUUUGAAAGUUAUUUAAUUCUCAAUGCGAAUUGCUCACCAUUAUGUUAAACCAGUACAUUAUUCAUACAUGUAUUUGCAAACUAUUUCAUUCAGUUAGAACCUAGUCUUUUCAUCUUAGGGAAAGUUAUAUACCCGGUACACAGUUAUAACCACUUCUUCAAACACCAUUUAUUUUAAUUCAUUAUAUUCAUGAAUCUUAAAUUUUGUAUUAUUUCAUAGCAAAAUGUUCUUUUCAUCAAAAUAUGGUCAUUUUAGCAUAAAUAUAUGUUUUGUCACAUUACUGCCACUUGUAGAAUAUGCAUUUUAUGUAUUCUGUUGCCAGUUUUAUUUUUUUAAUGAUUUUUAUCUUUAGCUCUACUGGCCAUAGGCCAGAAGUGCUUAUUCAAUGGCAUGGUGUCCGCCGUCUGUGUGUUUGUAAACAAUUGUUUGUGAAUGCAAUAAAGUCGUCAGUUUUGAUUGUAUCUUACAUCAAACUUAUACAGUAGUUAAAUAUCCAUCAGAGCUCAUUUCCUUACUACAACCAGCCAGAUCCUCAUAUGCAUAUCUGGAUUAUGGCCUUUGAAUUGCUGCAGUGUUUUCUAAGGGAGACAACUAUUUACAAAGAGUUGUGUGUAGUAGUUUUUUCCCUUUGCCCGAAAGAGUGCGUAUUUUCUAAUUGAGACAACUUCGUACAGAGAGUUGUUUGCUAUUGUUAUAAGUUCUUUUCUCUUUGAAUGCGUGUUCAGUAAAAAGCCAAAACAUUCAAGCCAGUACAGCAUACAUGUAGGUCCUGUUGGGCCUCCUGUUUUUAUUGCACAAUUUGUGCUUUUAUGUGUUUUUCAAGCAUUCCAAGCUUUCUAAAAGCAUUGUCCUACGAUAGUUCUGAUUUUUAGCCUUAGUUUAAAUGUCAAAAAAUAAUCAAAUAAAAAGAUGAAGAAAUUACAGUAUAAAGAUGCUUAGCUAAGUAUUGAAUUUAUGCCUAACCUAGCAAGCAAAGACAUGCUACUGGAAACUGCAAUAAGAAGCAAUGUCUAUAAAUGUGCAAAAACCCUUUAAGCAAACUUGUUACUUCUUGUUUAUUUCUGUAUUGUUGUACAUAAAAAGUAAAUAAACUGAACAUACCCUUUUCUUAAAAGACUGGGGGCCAAGAGUCCUAAGAGAGGUUUCAUACAUAGGAGUGAUUUUUAGCAAUGUUUAACUACUGUUGAAAAUCUCCCCUAAGGGCAAAAUUGCUCCUAGGAGUCUUGAUAACACAGCCACCACAAUAUUAUUAAAGAACUCUGAACUAUGACUGAAAGCUAUUAUAGGUUUUUGAGUGUUCAAUAAAAUUGACUGUGAUAGUGUUUUUUUGGAUUGAAUUACAUUUUAAGCUUGUCUGGUUUUCAAAGAAAAAAAAGUAAAGUUAUUGACAUAGCCUUGGUGUCGUUGUUGUAUUGUAAAAUCAGUAAGCUUGGCCAUUACUCAAAAACCAUCAAGAUAAUCACAUGAAAGUGAUGAAACUUUGUACAAUUGUUACUGGUGAAAACAUGCACAUGUGUAGCAAGGCAAGUAACUCUGGAAUGAAUAAACAUGCAAAAUCAUUUACUUGGCCAUUACUCAAAAACCAUCAAGAUAUUCACAUGAAAGUGAUGGAACUUUGUACAAAUGUUACUGGUGAAAAGAUAACUUCACGAAACUUCGUUCACAAAUUACCAGCGACAAUAUUUUGUGUGACCAAGCUCAUAACUCUGGAUUUAAUAGUUGUUGAGUUACACCCCUUGUUUGUCUGAAAAAAACGACAGACGAGCAAUGACGUUUGAUCCACAGCGCUCUUGUUUUUUUUGUGGUCAUAAUAUCUGAGGCAUAAAUAUGAUGAAGUCUUAUUAAACAUAUGCAUUUGACUAUACCUCAUAUGUAUAGUAAGCUGUCACACAGCUUUGUUAGUGAAUAUUUUUAUAUGUCUGUGAUAAAUGUUUACAUGAUGAUUAUUUUUGCUUUUGCUUGUAUAUGUGUCAUUAUCGGAGAGAUAACAAAACUCUUCUUGUAUGUGUAUGUGAAUGUGUAGAUAUGUGUACACAUUGAGUUUUUUUUUAAGUUAGCGCAAGGUGGGGGGGGGGGGGGGGUUAAGGCCUUUUAUUCUGUUGCUAGGCCUAUCAUCAAUUAUGGUUGAUUUAAGCAUCUGAUGCAUUCUCAUGCAUAUCAUCAAGUAUGGUCUAUAUAUGAUUGUGGUGCCAAUUUAGUCAAACCUUCAAAAAUAUUUAAUUUGUAGAAACAUUACAAAAGGCAACCAGGCGGUAUUCUUUUCCUUUCCACAACUUUGUGUUCAUUUUUUUAACCAGUUAUAGUGCAUUAUGCACAGAUCAUAAAAAAGUAUGACAUUUUACAACUAAGAAUUUUAUUGAAAUAGGUCCCUGUAAACGACACAAUAAAUAGUCCUCACAUACAAGUAGUGUUUACAAUAUCUCUAAAAAAUACCAUUGCUUUUUCAAUUUUAUUUGUACAUAAUAUGGUUGUUGUAAUAGUUUAGACUGCCUUUGUUUGAUUUAUGUAAAUAUGUGUUAAUGGCUUGGGAUAGUUUUAACAAUUUCGAAGUUACGAAUAAACAGAUUUUAAAGCAUAAUCAGUAAGUUAUGGCUUAUUUGGGUUGUUUCCAUCCAUUUUAUUUUUUUCAUAGGUGUUUAUUUUUCUAGUGAUAAUUAUUGGCCCCUGCAACAUGAGAUUCUGAAUAGAAUACAGGCUCCUAAAAUUAUUUGCACGGCCGGUUUUUUGUUCAAACUAUGAUAAUUAGACUAAAAAGUGAAUAUACAGAUUUUUCAGCUUAAAAAUAAGUAACAAAGUUAAGAAAAGUUUCAGACAGACUAAAGUCAACCAUGGUCUUUUUAGCCAGGGGGUUGUUUAAAUAUAACUUCACUUAUCUUAAAAUUGUAUGAAUUUAUAGAAAUAGCCAUACAUCGAUUUGUUUUAUUUCCUCAACUUACAAUUCAUUUUCAAUGUUGACUAAAGCUCAAUAUAUAUACCCCAGAAUUCACACAACUGGGUUUUCCCUUGCCGGUACAAAAAAAGGUGAAUUUCGAGCUAUUGAUAUUCAUGUAACAGUCCAAGGACUCUAUUGUUUCUGAAGUAACAUGUGUGUAUUAAAACGGUAUAAUUUUGUUUGUAACUGUGGAUUAGCUUUGGAAAACCAGAAUAUCUAUAAUUCCGGGCUUAAACUAUUCACAUACAUGCAGGAAUAUAAUAAAAUUAUGGCAUUAUGAUCAUUUCAAUUUAUGACUAAAAUCAACUAAGAUCUUUAUCGAAACUACCCCCUGCCACUGUUAAUUACGUUUUCCUGGAUUCCAAAUUUAAAUAUGAUUAGUAGUGAUAGUUCUUUUAUUAAAGUGGUUGAACUGAAUUUGAAUUUGUUUCAGCUUUACUGUUAUUUUUUUUGUAUAUAUUGUUGGAUUGUUAUUUUGUUAAGUAGCACCAUUUGUUAAACAGAUUUUAAUUUUGUAUGAAAAAUAUUUCAAUAACCCAAGGAAUGUUCAAUUAGUAGUUAAAUUAGUUUUUUCAGCUUACCUGUUUUUACAAAAUGCAAGUUAAGGUAUCGUCAUAGCAUUGGUGUUAUUAUUGUCGUCAUCGUGCAAAAUUUUAAUAUUGGCCACUGGCCAGACAUAACCUGGAAACUGUGACGAAUGAUAGAACAAUACCUAGAUCUGCAAGCAAUCCCAUUUGGCAAAAGUAUUUGUUUAGUUAUGGCUGUUGAUUGACUUAGAAUAACAGAUGAGCAUUUCUCUUGGUUCGUAGAAGUAGCAGAUUUCAAAACUCCAAUUUUGUUAAAUGUUUUAAUCUGUUGUACCCCAUGUUGAGAGAUAAGAAAAGAUUUUUAAAAGAAAUGAAAAAUGUUUUUAUAACUGGAAAACCUUUGAAAACAUUUCAUGUAAUUACCCCCCAAUUGUAGUAUAUCGUUUUAUUAUAAUAUUAUAUUUCAUAAUGAUUAUGUGGGACUUACUUGUUGGAAAGGUGGUUAUAAUUUUAUGCACAAACUAUGUACAUCAAUAUUUUACUUCGUAAUAAGCAACUGUCAAAGCAUUUGUCAUUAUAAACGACUUACCCAUUUCA